GCGCGCAGAGGCGCAGAGAGCGCUCCCCGGCGGGUCCCCGGCGCACUCACCGCGCCCGGGCAGCGGCCCGGCCGGGCGAGCAUGGGCGGCGCGGAGUGACGCCGCCGUGCCCGCUUGGCAUCAAGGACAUUCAGCCCGCGGGGGUGGGGACGAAGAGGGGCAGCCCCGCGUCGCCACCGCAGCCCCUGAGAGCCGUCACUGCCGCUGCCGCUUGGGCUUCGGGCUGGGUUAAGGAAAGGGGUGCCUGGAACCGAUCCACAUUUCCCGACCUUUUUGUUGGACAUUACGCCCACCUUGGACGCUGCAAGAGGCGCUGUCAAGCCCCGCAGGCUCUGAUUUAGCCCCUUCCGUUUUCCUUUGCUGCUCCCGGCUUCCCUGUGUCUCGGUGGAGUAUUUGCGUUCUGGGCUGGGGCUGGAGGAGGCAGCCACACGCGCGCACACGCACACGUUCAGAGGAGGGCGAGAGGCAGCGGCACAGGCACCAUCUGCAGUGUCAAUGCGGCGCUCCCGCUGAAGGAGGGAAACGCGGUGCUCCCAGGGGAAACUGCCCUGUUGAAUCCUGGCCCUCCGAGGGGACAGUUGUGUCCGCGUGCUGCUGUGUUGAGAGGCCCCACCUCUGAAAUGAAAGCCAUGCCUUGGAACUGGACUUGCCUGCUCUCCCACCUGCUCAUGGUAGGGAUGGGCUCCUCCACUCUGCUCCCCCGGCAGUCAGCCUCACUGUCCCAGAAGCUGUCUUUUGUCACAUUCCGAGGAGAGCCCACUGAGGGCUUCAAUCACCUGGUGGUGGAUGAGAGGACAGGGCACAUUUACUUGGGGGCUGUCAACUGGAUUUACAAGCUCUCCAGUGACCUAAAGGUCUUGGUGACCCACCAGACAGGACCAGAUGAUGACAACCCCAAGUGCUACCCACCCCGCAUUGUCCAGACCUGCAAUGAGCCCCUGACCAGCACCAACAAUGUCAACAAGAUGCUCCUCAUAGACUACAAGGAGAACAGGCUUAUUGCAUGUGGGAGCCUGUACCAGGGCAUCUGCAAGCUCUUGAGGCUGGAGGAUCUCUUCAAACUGGGGGAGCCCUUUCACAAGAAGGAGCACUACCUGUCAGGGGUAAAUGAGAGUGGUUCGGUUUUUGGGGUGAUCGUCUCCUAUAGCAACCUGGAUGACAAACUCUUCAUUGCCACAGCAGUGGAUGGAAAGCCUGAAUAUUUUCCUACCAUCUCCAGUCGGAAGUUGACCAAAAACUCUGAGGCAGACGGCAUGUUUGCUUAUGUCUUCCACGACGAGUUUGUGGCCUCAAUGAUAAAGAUCCCUUCGGAUACCUUCACAGUCAUCCCUGACUUUGAUAUCUACUAUGUCUAUGGUUUCAGCAGUGGCAACUUUGUCUACUUUUUGACCCUGCAGCCUGAGAUGGUGUCUCCCCCGGGCUCCACAACAAAGGAGCAGGUGUAUACAUCCAAGCUUGUGAGACUUUGCAAGGAGGACACGGCCUUCAACUCUUACGUGGAGGUGCCCAUUGGCUGCGAGCGCAGUGGGGUGGAGUACCGCUUGUUGCAGGCUGCCUACUUGUCCAAAGCUGGUGCUGUGCUUGGCCGGACCCUGGGUGUCCACCCAGAGGACGACCUCCUCUAUACUGUCUUCUCAAAGGGCCAGAAGCGGAAAAUGAAGUCUCUGGAUGAAUCGGCUCUAUGUAUCUUCAUUUUAAAGCAGAUCAAUGACCGCAUUAAGGAGCGGCUACAGUCUUGCUACCGGGGUGAGGGUACGCUGGACCUGGCCUGGCUCAAGGUGAAGGACAUCCCCUGCAGCAGUGCGCUCCUAACCAUUGAUGAUAAUUUCUGUGGCCUGGAUAUGAAUGCCCCCCUCGGAGUGUCUGAGAUGGUGCGUGGCAUUCCUGUCUUCACGGAGGACAGGGACCGCAUGACUUCUGUCAUCGCGUAUGUCUACAAGAAUCACUCUCUGGCCUUCGUGGGCACCAAGAGUGGCAAGCUGAAGAAGAUCCGGGUGGAUGGGCCCAGAGGCAAUGCCCUCCAAUAUGAAACUGUGCAGGUGGUAGAUCCUGGUCCAGUCCUUCGGGAUAUGGCCUUCUCCAAGGACCACGAGCAACUUUACAUCAUGUCAGAAAGGCAGCUCACCAGAGUCCCUGUGGAGUCCUGCAGUCAGUAUCAGAGCUGUAGUGAGUGCCUUGGCUCUGGCGAUCCCCACUGUGGCUGGUGUGUGCUGCACAACACGUGUACCCGGAAGGAACGGUGCGAGCGAUCCAGGGAAUCCCGCAGGUUCGCCUCAGAGAUGAAGCAGUGUGUCCGGCUAACAGUUCAUCCCAACAACAUCUCUGUCUCUCAGUACAACGUACUGCUGGUCCUGGAGACAUACAAUGUCCCAGAGCUGUCAGCGGGUGUCAACUGUACCUUUGAGGACCUGUCAGAGAUGGAUGGGCUGGUGGUAGGCAAUCAGAUCCACUGCUACUCUCCAGCAGCCAAAGAGGUGCCCCGGAUCAUCACAGAAAAUGGGGAUCACCAUGUUGUACAGCUGCAACUCAAAUCCAAAGAGACAGGAAUGACCUUUGCUAGCACCAGCUUUAUCUUCUACAACUGCAGUGUCCAUAAUUCGUGCCUUUCCUGUGUGGAGAGCCCAUACCGCUGUCACUGGUGUAAAUACCGGCAUGUAUGCACCCACGACCCCAAGACAUGCUCCUUCCAGGAGGGCCGUGUGAAGCUACCUGCGGACUGCCCCCAGCUGCUGCGAGUGGACAAGAUCCUGGUGCCUGUGGAGGUGAUCAAGCCCAUCACACUGAAGGCCAAGAACCUCCCCCAGCCGCAGUCAGGGCAGCGUGGCUAUGAAUGCAUCCUGAACAUCCAGGGCACUGAGCAGCGGGUACCUGCCCUGCGCUUCAACAGCUCCAGUGUGCAGUGCCAGAAUACUUCCUAUUCUUAUGAAGGGAUGGAGAUCAACAACCUGCCUGUGGAGCUGACAGUCGUGUGGAAUGGGCACUUUAACAUUGACAACCCUGCUCAAAAUAAAGUUUACCUCUACAAGUGUGGAGCCAUGCGUGAGAGCUGUGGGCUGUGUCUCAAAGCUGACCCAGACUUUGAAUGUGGUUGGUGCCAGAACCCAGGCCAGUGCACUCUGCGUCAGCACUGUCCUGCCCAUGAGAGUCGGUGGCUGGAGCUGUCGGGUGCCAACAGCAAGUGCACAAAUCCCCGAAUCACAGAGAUAAUUCCAGUGACAGGUCCCCGGGAAGGGGGCACCAAGGUCACCAUCCGGGGAGAGAACCUGGGCCUGGAAUUCCGGGACAUCGCUUCCCACGUCAAGGUGGCUGGUGUGGAAUGCAGCCCUUUGGUGGAUGGCUAUAUCCCUGCAGAACAGAUUGUGUGUGAAAUGGGGGAGGCCAAGCCCAGCCAGCAUGCGGGCUUUGUGGAGAUCUGUGUGGCUGUGUGUCGGCCUGAGUUUAUGGCUCGAUCCUCACAGCUCUACUACUUCAUGACCCUGACGCUCUCAGAUCUGAAGCCCAGCCGGGGGCCCAUGUCCGGGGGCACCCAAGUGACCAUCACAGGCACCAACCUGAAUGCAGGCAGCAACGUGGUGGUGAUGUUCGGGAAGCAGCCCUGCCUCUUCCACAGGCGAUCUCCAUCCUUCAUCGUGUGCAAUACCACAUCCUCAGAUGAGGUUCUGGAGAUGAAGGUGACAGUGCAGGUGGACAGGGCCAAGAUUCGCCAGGACCUAGUCUUCCAGUAUGUGGAGGACCCCACCAUUGUGCGCAUUGAGCCGGAGUGGAGUAUUGUCAGUGGAAAUACACCCAUUGCUGUGUGGGGCACUCACCUGGACCUCAUUCAGAACCCCCAGAUCCGUGCCAAACAUGGAGGGAAGGAACACAUCAACAUCUGUGAGGUUCUAAAUGCUACUGAGAUGACGUGCCAAGCCCCAGCCCUUGCCCUGGAUCCUGACCACCAGUCUGACCUCACUGAGAGGCCCGAGGAGUUUGGCUUCAUCCUGGACAAUGUCCAAUCCCUGCUUAUCCUCAACAAGACCAACUUCACCUACUAUCCCAACCCUGUGUUUGAAGCCUUUGGACCCUCAGGAAUCCUGGAGCUAAAGCCUGGCACUCCCAUCAUCCUGAAGGGCAAGAACCUGAUCCCACCUGUUGCUGGGGGCAAUGUGAAGCUCAACUACACCGUGCUGGUUGGGGAGAAGCCAUGUACUGUGACAGUGUCAGAUGUGCAGCUGCUCUGCGAGUCCCCCAACCUCAUCGGCAGGCACAAAGUGAUGGCCCGUGUGGGUGGUAUGGAAUACUCCCCGGGGAUGGUGUACAUCGCCCCGGACAGCCCUCUCAGCCUGCCCGCCAUCGUCAGCAUCGCUGUGGCUGGUGGCCUCCUCAUCAUCUUCAUCGUGGCUGUGCUCAUCGCCUACAAACGCAAGUCCCGCGAGAGCGACCUCACGCUGAAGCGGCUGCAGAUGCAGAUGGAUAACCUGGAGUCCCGUGUGGCACUGGAGUGCAAAGAAGCUUUUGCUGAGCUUCAGACAGACAUCCAUGAGCUGACCAGUGACCUGGAUGGCGCCGGGAUUCCCUUCCUGGACUACAGGACCUACACCAUGAGGGUGCUCUUCCCAGGAAUUGAAGACCACCCUGUGCUCCGGGACCUUGAGGUUCCAGGGUACCGGCAGGAGCGCGUGGAGAAAGGCCUGAAGCUCUUCGCCCAGCUCAUCAAUAACAAAGUGUUCCUGCUGUCCUUCAUCCGCACGCUCGAGUCCCAGCGCAGCUUCUCUAUGCGGGACCGUGGCAAUGUGGCCUCCCUCAUUAUGACAGUAUUGCAGAGCAAGCUGGAGUAUGCAACCGAUGUGCUAAAGCAGCUGCUGGCCGAUCUCAUUGACAAGAACCUGGAGAGCAAGAACCACCCCAAGUUGCUGCUCAGGAGGACGGAGUCAGUGGCUGAGAAGAUGCUGACCAACUGGUUCACCUUCCUCCUCUACAAGUUCCUCAAGGAGUGUGCUGGGGAACCCCUCUUCUCGCUGUUCUGUGCCAUCAAACAGCAGAUGGAGAAGGGGCCCAUCGAUGCCAUCACAGGCGAGGCUCGCUACUCCCUGAGCGAGGACAAGCUCAUCCGGCAGCAGAUCGAGUACAAGACUCUGGUCCUGAGCUGUGUCAGCCCAGACAAUGCCAACAACCCUGAGAUCCCUGUGAAGAUUCUCAACUGUGACACCAUCACUCAGGUCAAGGAGAAGAUUCUGGAUGCAAUCUUCAAGAAUGUGCCCUGCUCCCACAGGCCCAAGGCUGCAGACAUGGACCUUGAGUGGCGACAAGGGAGCGGGGCAAGGAUGAUCCUGCAAGAUGAAGACAUCACCACCAAAAUUGAAAAUGACUGGAAAAGAUUAAACACCCUAGCCCAUUACCAGGUUCCAGAUGGCUCGGUUGUGGCCUUAGUGUCCAAGCAGGUGACAGCCUAUAAUGCAGUGAACAACUCCACAGUCUCCAGGACCUCAGCAAGUAAAUAUGAAAACAUGAUCCGGUACACAGGCAGUCCAGAUAGCCUCCGCUCUAGAACUCCCAUGAUCACUCCUGACCUGGAGAGUGGAGUCAAGAUGUGGCACCUGGUGAAGAACCAUGAACAUGGGGACCAGAAAGAGGGUGACCGGGGGAGCAAGAUGGUGUCUGAGAUCUAUUUGACUCGGCUACUGGCCACUAAGGGCACACUGCAGAAGUUUGUGGAUGACCUCUUUGAGACCAUCUUCAGCACAGCCCACCGUGGCUCUGCCUUGCCACUGGCCAUCAAGUACAUGUUUGACUUCCUGGAUGAGCAGGCUGACAAGCACGGCAUUCAUGAUCCCCACGUCCGCCACACUUGGAAGAGCAACUGCCUGCCCCUUCGGUUUUGGGUCAACAUGAUCAAGAAUCCACAGUUUGUGUUUGAUAUCCACAAGAACAGCAUCACAGAUGCCUGCCUCUCUGUAGUGGCUCAAACCUUCAUGGAUUCUUGCUCCACGUCAGAGCAUCGAUUGGGCAAGGAUUCACCCUCUAACAAGCUACUCUAUGCCAAGGACAUCCCCAGCUACAAGAGCUGGGUGGAGAGGUAUUAUUCUGACAUCGGGAAGAUGCCAGCCAUCAGUGAUCAGGACAUGAAUGCAUACCUAGCGGAGCAGUCCCGGAUGCACAUGAAUGAGUUCAACACUAUGAGCGCGCUCUCAGAGAUCUUCUCCUAUGUGGGCAAAUACAGCGAGGAGAUUCUCGGACCCCUCGACCAUGAUGACCAAUGUGGGAAGCAGAAACUGGCAUACAAACUAGAACAAGUCAUAACCCUCAUGAGCUUAGACAGCUGAGAACCAUCCUUCCAGGGCCACCCUGGAGGGAGGGACACACCAAGCCGUGCCUCAGUCUAGAUUAUCAUCUUUACCAAGUGCAAGUUCCGACUGGCAUCAGCAGCAUCCCCUGAGCAGUGCUAUCUCUCUUUCUCUCCCCUCUUCUCUGCCUCUUUCUGUCUCUCUCUCUCUCUCCUUCCUGGUCCUCUUCUCUUUCAGUUUCUCUGCCAACAUGAUUGGACCAAGCCACCAACCCUCAGUUACUUCUUGGUGGCCAGCAGGCCCACAUCGAGGGAUCUGACCAGAGAUGUCAGAGCAGGGUCCUCUCUCAGAUGCGUCUGACCCCACCCACCAGCAGCAGGGCUCAAAUAUGGAUGAGAAGCUGUGGACAGAGGAUAUUACUAUGCUGCUACUUCACCUUCUUCUUGGAAAAUGGUCCAAAAUUUGGCUUAGGGAAGAGACAAUGAGCUCAGUAUUAUCUUCACUCAGAAGAUGUCACCUGACUCUCCCUCCCAACACUUCCAUCUCCAAGGAGCCAGUCAGUGGUCUGGGUGCUUUGCAAAUGGUGAGAAGAGACAGCUCACCUUCCACAUAUGACUGGAGUGGGAACUAUGUGAGGAGCUGGGAGGUACUCCUUGGGGUGCCUCUUACCUGCUGGGUUGGUGUUCAGAGGCCUCCGGUCCCCUUGGAGUCUCCCAGGAGCCCUUCCGGGCAUCCAUACAGACCUUCCUGGCCAGCUUCAUCCCCUGCCUGUGGAAAACCAGAUAGAAGAAAAACAUAGCAGUUACAUUCCACUGUGGAGAAGCCCCUAUCCUUCUAAUCUCGCUCAAAGCAGCAGAAAUGUAGUGCAGAGGAGGAGACAAAGAAAGAGGGCUGCAUCUGCCCUAGAAGAAGCAUUUGUUGUUCUCCACUCACCGCCCCCCAAAUCAAGUGCAUCCUGACCAAUAGUCAUAGGUCUAGUCCAUUGCCAGAGCCUCAGCACUGUCUAGCGAAGGUUUCUCCACCUCCUUGUCACCUGUCAUCAAACAUCAGCGUGAAAUGCAGAGCGCAUCCAGGAGAUUCUACCUCCAGCCGUCUCCAAGGCUCCAUCCCCAAUGUCCUUGAGAACUUCACAGAAGGCUGGGGCAGACAGCCUAGUCCUUCCUCCCCUCCACAUCCCUGAAGAAACUGGUGCCAUUGCUAUGCAGAUGACUUUGUCACUGGGCUGUCCAGACCUCCUUGGAAACUAUCUCAUCAACAUCUCAGCUGUGUCUUGAGUCAUUCUUCUUCAUCUCUUCAGAAUCAUUGGAAGAAACAUACACAAGCACAGACAUACCAGGGCAAACCAAAUGCCAGCCAGUCUUGGCCCCCAGCUUGUCAUAGCUGUGAAGGACUGGAGAGCCAAGCUGAGGGACUGGCUGGAAAUGAAGGGAGGGACACACAACUGACUGUGGCCCUGGCAUCCAUCGCUCCAUCAGUCCCCCUGUCUGUGGGUAUGUCAUCUUAGCCAGUCAGGCAAAUGUGUGCUCAGAAAUGGGUCCUAGGUGAGCAGGGGCUCUGGCGAGAUGUGGUCUAGUGAUGGGUCCUAGGAACCUGUAAUCUGGAAGAGACCUUCUGCACUAUGUGGUCCAACAUCCACCAUAAGCAGGACUCUCUUCUGAUGGCUCUGGUCUUGAGUUGUCUUCUACUUUGGGAGGCAAGGAGAAGGCAGGGUCGAUAAGGAUCCAACAGUUUUGCCUGCACUCCCUGAGCACCAGACAUCAUUCCUUGUCAUCCACUCAAAAUGAGCCCCACGUAUGAAAAGAGUCACACAUUUCCAACAGAGUCCACAUAGCAUCCUGCACUUUCAAGAACACUAGGCCCUUUGGAUAUGAAUAAGUGUGUGUGUAUCUGUGUGUGUGCACACACAUGUGCGAUCAUGUGUGUAUAUGUGUGUCUGCCCAGAAGCAGGCAGAGAGCUCCAAAAGAUUUCUUGUCCUAUGUAGAAGGAUGUGGAAGUGUUUCUCUUCUCUGUCCCCUGCCUGAUCAGUUCAUCCUGCAGCUUCAGGACAUUUCCACACUUGCUUUCUAUGCUGAGUGCAAGAGAAGAGGUCAUCUGUCCAUAGAAAAGCAGGGUGGUCACCUGCUGAGGCUGGGACUUUGGUGACCCAGAGCAGCCCAUCACAUGGCAUUGCAGAGGACAAAUGUAAAAGACACAAGCAACCUAAUAAGUAGGAAAAGGACAAUGAGAAAAAAUUCAUUUAAAAGGAGAAAACAAAUGUAACCAAAGGUUUUGGCAAGUAAGCUGCCAGAUGAAUUUCUGGAAUUUUUAUUGCUGAUCAAAUUAUUUUCUCCCAAAAAUAAUUUGUGAGACCUGGAGGUCAGAAAGGGUACACAUGGGAAGCAGGCUGAGGAAGCACCUUGGCCACUACAAUAUUUUUGCACAAAUGGAAGGGUAGGGAGGAGAGAGAGACACAAACCUAUUUAACACAGAUUUGCUGGAUGGAAGCUCUGUGUGAGUGUGUAUAGGAGUGAAUGUGUUUUUGAUUUAUUUUUUAAGUUUUGCACAGUUAGAGGAAAAAAUGAACAAGCAGAAAAAAAAAGACUGUUAUCAUGGUUUCGCUGAAGCUUUUAUUUUUUACCAGAUGAUUAUUAUUGUUAUUAUUACAUUGUCGGUACAGGACUCCCCCCCACCCCAUCUUUUGUUACAAAUAGUACUUCAAACAUUGCAGAGAAACAUGUCAGGAAGAAAGAGGAAAGAAGGGUAGACAAGUUUCCUGUCUUCUCGUCUCUGCUGGCUGAGGGUUUGGAGCACAUUUUAAUUUAAUUGGCGGUGUAGGUUGUUUCUGGCGCUUUGCCCACAGUCUGUGGCCUGUGUGGGGCUGAGAACUGUUAUCACCCAGAGCCGCACCCCACCUUGCCUGUUAGCAGCCUUAUUUCCUUUGAUUGCUUUUCCCCCCAUUUCUUCCAUUUGAGUUGGCACAAGUGUGACACAUUUAAAAGCAAAGACAGUAUAGCCCGAAAGCUCUCUUUCCCCCAAAAUCUUCUCUCUCAACUCCCCCUGUGAUUCUCCAGCUCUUCUUGACAGGUCAGCAACCCAGAGAGCUCUCAAGGUGGUCCCUGAGGUUGCAGAAGAAAGGAGUUAACUUGGUCCUGUGCACGGAAGAACCCUCGUACCUCAUCUGCAUUGGGGUCAAUUUGCAGAAGCCCAGUUCUGUUGCAGAUGGAAACUAUCUCACUGCUGGAGUCUGGGCAGUGGGCACGGGAUAAAAAACAACCUCUCUUACAUUUCCCUUUACCUCACCCCUUGUCCUCCUCCCCUUGAGACCACAGGGUCUAAAUGGUACCAGAUCACACUGUCAAAAACAACUGAGCUAAGUUAGGUGAGGAUUUUGAAUGUGGAAGAUGUGUUGAUGUGUGGUAGUGACAGGGAGCAGAGGAGCCUGAUGGAGUCCUGAAUUUAAAUGAAUCGAUGGAGGAGGUGGUGAAAGAUUGCAGGAGCCCGGCCAUCUCUCCUAGGACAUAUGUCCCCUAGGUGUAGGCUUGGCCCUCUUUGUCCUUCCCGGUAAGGCAAGACCCUGACAUUUCUCAGUAAUUGUGGCCAGUGGCACUAAGUGAAACUGGCUGUUGUGUCAGUUACUCCCUCAGAAAAAUAGUUGCUUCCCUUCUUUAAUAUGGCUUUAAAUUUGGGGAUAGAGCACAGCCCCAGUGUUCCCCAUGCCAAGGUACAUUACAACUUGCAUAAUGUGCACAGCCCCUCGCUCCUCUCUCACACAGCCCCUGGGCUAGUGAGGGGCUCAGGAUACUUGAAUGGGGCCAUGUCUGGAAGAGAGGUCCUUAAGUGAAUCCUGAAGUUAGAGGUUGAGUGUCUAAGAAGACUCUCAGGGAGAAUCUGGAGUUCUGAUGGAUAGUUCUCUCUGUUGUCCUCGUCCCCUUGGCCCACUUUUCACUCCCCACCCAGGAUCAAUGCAAUAUAUUGACCUGGUACCUCCCCAGCUCUGGCAUUUCAGUACUCAUGUGCCCCAUCCAAUGUCUGGCUUCUGCCUGUGCCUCUCUCCAGGUGGUGAGUAUCCUCUUUGCUCCUCCUUACCUCUCCUGUACGUUGAACUUCGCCCAAAGGCCAUCUGUUCCCCUCAGGGCAGGAGCAGCUCAGUCUUCAGUAGAGCCCUGCUCCAGCCCAGCCUGGUCCACCCACCCAAAGCUGCCUCUCUAAAUGGUAGGAGCUUCCUCACUCAGCUAUGGCCUUGUACAUUCCCAGCUGAGGACCCUGAAACCUCCACAAUGACAUCCCAAAUGACCUCCAUUCCAACGAGAGAGCCUCUGCCGCUGUUCUUAGGCCCUACACAAUGCUGUGAUCCAUCCACCUGGAGCUAAGCAUCUUUCACUUUGGCCUAAAAAGAGAAGUCCCGUUGCCAUCUGUCUUUUUUCACAGGACUGAGGGAACGCUGUCUCUACUGUCACAGUGUGCUGGUCCGUAUUUAGACCCCUGUUUCCACCUUCAGCAACAACCUUCCCUCUUUCUCACAGGAGGCCACUGAGUGAGGGAGGACUGACCUAGGGAGUCACCCUGCAGGCAGAAGGCCAGGGCACCUCCUCCUGUCCCUCCCAGGAACAGCACCCAGGGAGAAGUCCCAGAAAGCUUUGAGAGGCCACUGAGGGGCAUUUCCAUGAGUGAGUGAGAGAGCUCUCAGGACCCACCAGGCCCAGGCAGCUCACGGCCCUGCCUCCUCUUAGGCCUUUCCUCUUAUUCCUCAUCUAAAUAAAGGGCCUCCUCCCAAAAGCCCCUAGGACAGCUGGCUAGGAGACUCUGAGCCCUUCACUCCUCCCUUUUAAAAAGCUCUGGGCUAUUUAUUUGAAGUUUUGUCAUUAUUCUUUUCUUUGUGCAUUUUAAUCGCUUGAGAGUAAGGAGGAAGCCUGGAUAUGGAUGCAAAGUUCAGAUUACCGGGGAGAAGGACAUCUGUGAGUUCAGGGAUGAGGAGAGCCUAAACGGCCAAGGGUAACCUCUUCUAUUAAAGGAAGAAGUCGUGGCAUUCCCCGAUGCAGAUGUUGCCCGGUGAAGCUUCCUGCCUGGCUGCUAGGACUCAGUGCCUCCCCUGCUCUUUUAACAGGCAGAGUAGGCCUGGCACCCUUCUCCCUCUUCCCACUGCCUCACCCCAAGAUGCUCCGCAUGGAGCAAACUAGAGCCUUGUCUCACAAGGGGGCACCCACAAGAGACCCUGAAGAGGCAACUCCUGAUAGAGGCUGGGACGCCACCAGCCUCCUCUCCCAUGGUGCUCCAAGUGGGGAGCAGAGCACUAGCCUCUAUGUCUGACCAUUCCUCCCACCAGGAAAGCAAUCACUGCAGGAAAAGUUUCAGAUAUUAAGGAAGAUUUUUUUUCUUUUUUUUAAAACUACAAAUCUCUCCUCCCUAAUAAAAGCUAUUUUUAAUUAGGGGGAAUAUCCAAGUUUUAAAAAUAUAUAGAAUUUUUGGUUAUAAUUAUCAUACAUACUCAUUAGAGUCCCAGUUAAAUUCCUUGAGUAAACUGAUGACUAGUAGAAAGCAAAUCUAAGCAAAAAAAAAAAACAAAUCCUUUAGGAACAAAAAGAAUUUUCUGUUCAUACUGGCAGAGGUAUUGAGGUGGUCCAGGUGGGCUGGGGGUCCUUACAUGAGAAGUCUCAGCUGGCCCCUUCUCCCUCCUCCUUGAGCUUGAGUCUAGUCUUGGCUUUCCAAGCUACCCCUUGAGUUGCUGAAACCUACACAUUUCUUAUCAGCUCCCCUCAAACUUCAGGGAAUCCCUGCCUGGGGGUACCCAAAUUCUCCCUCCCCGAGAAUGCGAAAUCAAUAGACUCUGCCUAUGCAGCUCAUUUUCCACUGGUUUCUUUUGUUAGUAUCUUGAACUUUAACUCAAGCACAUUUUGGAAGGGCUCCCUUAGGAGCAAAAUUCAAAACAGAGGAUACAGUUAAAUAGCAACCCAAAAGCCACUUAAGAAGCCAAGACUACUUUAGCAAACAGGACAAAUGAAUGCUUUGAUGCACAGAGGAUGGUGGGCAUCUGGGUACAGAAUGAAGAUGGCUAUGUGUCCUCAUCUGUUCUCCUUCCCGCUCCUUCCCUGGAUGUUCUUGUCAGCUUGUUGGGUAUUAAACCUUUCAUUCUUUAACAGAAAAGUUAGUUUACCUCAAAGAAUCUUGUUUCCAUUUGGAAACUAAUGACUUUGUGUUUUUGGGUGGAUGACCCUCCCCUCCAUCACCCCCUGCCUGGGCUUAGUGUCCUCGGGCAUGAGAUCUUGGAUUAGUCCCUUGUUGGCUGCUCUGAGUGAAAACAAGGCUUCCAGGCCCUGUAGGGGAAAAAGGAUUGGCUGCAGCUGUCUUCCUUCCCACUUUGGCUUCUCUCUUCCAACAGGGUCCUCCCAAGUUACUAUAGCAACCAGCAACUCCAAGGUACCACAACAGACAAUGGCUCAGUGAGCUGAGGUGUGGGGGCAGAGCAGAGGUUAUGACCUGGUCAGAUGACCCAGAAUGAACCCUAAGUCCAAGAGGGAAGAGGAAAAAUAGGAAUAGUUGCAUGGGUGUUUUAAGGAACGCAGAAAUCUUUGAGUCUCAGAGAGAGGCUGCUGAAAGAAGCAGAACAGGUCGUUUCUGUUCCAGUUAGCCCUUUACUGCCCCACCCCAUCUCUGUUCCAAAAUAAGUCUCUCACCUUGAUCAAUGACCCUUUGUUAGAACACAGCAAAACAUACCUUUAGACAACAGUGUUAAAAAUGAGCCUCAAAGACAUGUGGAUGAGACCUAUGUGGAAAAAAGGGUCUUCUGGUUUUGGUUUUUAAAGAAGAGUAUCCUAAUAAGAUUUAAAAAGAAGAUUUUAAAAAAGUUUUUAAAAAGAAAACCUAUGCUAUUUAAAUUGGAACCCAGUUGUAACUUGGUAAAGGCAAGCUUCUGUACCUUUGUUAUAAUUAAUUGUAUACCUGUGUAUGUAAAUAUAAGGCAUUCCUAUUUUGCAGUUCAGAACAAAAAACUUAUUUGUAAUAUAGAAUAAAGUUUAUUAAAAAAUAAUAAAAAUGCA